AUGCCCGAGUCUGUUGCUAGCCUUAAGAGAGAGAACAGUAAGCUUAAAGAUCAACUGUCUGUCAUGGCGGAUGAGAUUGCUAAGAUGAAGGUGAUGCUGCUGGAGCAGUCAAAAAAACCUGCAGCGACUAAUGACGAAGUAGAGCAAAGCUUAGAAUUCAUGAGUAAAGAAUAUGAUGACUUUGAGCGAUUCAGGGUCUCUGCUGGUAAAGAACUUGAUCGCUUAGGUGCCAUGCUUGAUGAGAUUGCUGUUGAAGUUAACAGAGUUUCCAGGAGCAUCGAUGAAUUUCAAGAGUACAGUUAUCAAUAUAAUGUUAAGAUUGUUGGUGUCCCUCAAUUGAGUCAAGAUGAAUCCUCGGCUUCUACGAGUGCGCUAUGUGAAUGUUUAUUUAAGGCAAUUGGAUCCGCUGUAUCAAUUCAUGACAUUGACACAGCCCAUCGAGUCCCAACGAGAAGCAAUGACAAUGGCGGCCCGCGGCCAAUCAUUUGCCGAUUUAUUAGACGAUUGUCAAAAGAUGAUGUCAUGAAUCAUAAAAGAAAUGCAAGUAAAGUUGCCCCAUCUGCUGUUGGUUUACCUGACGAUGCCUCCCUUUCCGCUGUUAGAAUUUUUGACCAUUUAACGCCAAGGAUGCAAAAGGUUUUAUUUGAAGCUAAGAGGUUCAAGGAGCAGUUUCACUAUCAGUAUUGCUGGUCGAAGGGAUCGCUUGUUUAUCUUCGUAAAGAUACCACGUCUCGAGCCAUCAAGAUUAAGGAUAUCACGGACCUGCACCGAUUAACGAAUGGACGUGAAGGCUAA